AUUCGAAAUCGAAAAAUAAAAAAAUUGAAAAGGAAAUUCGGCAUUAACGACGUCCACCAACCCAACAACGCAGGGAAAUUUCGAUUUCCUUGUUUGCUUGUUUGGGAUGAACUGCAUCGCAUUUGGUUGCGUUUGAAUUACAAAUUCAAUCACCAUAUAAUUUUUUUUCCUCGUCGGUUACUACUUUCUUCUCUCCCACCGCGCGAAAGUGAUCUUUCCUGAUUCUCUACUCCAGUGAGAUACCUAUCCCUAGUGGCAGAAAACUUAUUUCGUUUAUUUCUCAAACUCAGUUCUGGUUUUUGCUUUUGCUUCCACGAUGUCGAGUUUGGAGGAGCCACUUGGUCUUGACAAAUUGCCAAGCAUGAGUACAAUUGAUCGGAUCCAAAGAUUUUCAUCUGGUGCUUGCCGACCUAUAGGAAAUGACAUGGGAAUGGGAAUCUGCUGGAUUCAAGGGGGGAGAAGUAGCUCAUCCAAUAGUUGCAAUGAAUAUGAUGAGGAUGCUAGAGAGACGUUUCCAUGGAGAAGACAUAGGAAAGACACGUCCCAAAAUGGCUCCGUCAAUCAGAGGACAAUGAGCUUAGGCAGGAAAAACUCUCUAUCUGGAAAUUUUUGUGAUUCACACUGUUCUCCAGGUCGUGAUUACCAGACAAAUAGUAGUGGGGACAAUGUGCAACACAGGACAAAGUUUUUUGGUGGUAUGCCAAAGUUUGUGAAGAUAGUAGAAGUUGGUCCAAGGGACGGGCUUCAAAAUGAGAAGAAUAUGGUACCAACAUCUGUAAAGGUUGAAUUGAUCCACAGACUAGUAUCUUCAGGAUUGACUGUUAUUGAGGCUACCAGUUUUGUAUCACCUUCACGAGUGCCUCAGUUAUCUGAUGCAAGUGAAGUGAUGGAAGCUGUUCGCGAUUUGGAAGGUGCCAGAUUGCCUGUUUUAACACCUAAUUUGAAAGGCUUUGAAGCUGCUGUUGCCGCUGGAGCAAAGGAAGUAGCAGUCUUUGCAUCAGCCUCUGAGUCAUUUUCAAAGUCCAACAUCAAUUGUAGCAUUGAAGAAAGUCUUGUUCGUUACCGUGCUGUAACUUCUGCUGCAAAAAAGCUUGGGAUCCCAGUCCGAGGGUAUGUAUCAUGUGUUGUUGGUUGUCCAACAGAAGGAGCAGUUCCACCAUCUAAAGUGGCUUAUGUAGCAAAGGAACUUUAUGAGAUGGGCUGCUUCGAAAUUUCUCUUGGGGACACAAUUGGAGUUGGCACGCCUGGGACUGUUGUUCCGAUGCUCGAAGCCGUGCUGGCUUUUGUUCCUGUCGAGAAGCUUGCUGUCCACUUCCAUGAUACUUAUGGGCAAUCACUUCCAAAUAUUCUAGUAUCCCUCCAAAUGGGAAUUAGCACUAUAGAUUCCUCUGUUGCAGGCUUGGGUGGAUGCCCAUAUGCAAAAGGAGCUUCAGGGAAUGUUGCAACCGAGGAUGUGGUGUACAUGCUCCAUGGACUUGGUAUUAAAACCAAUGUAGAUUUGGCAAAGGUCAUGUCUGCUGGGAAUUUCAUCAGCAAUCAUUUGGGACGGCCAUCGGGUUCGAAGACUGCCGUUGCGUUGAACCGAGUUGCAGCCGAUUCUUCCAAGAUGUAACACAUCUUAGUGAUACAUUUACAACUUACAUUGAACAAGUAAAGAAGGGUUUCACUUCAAGAAACUUAAAAGUCUAUAUGCUGUGUUAUCUGGCUGAAUAUGAUGCAGCCAUAUACAGAAGUCCUCAAAGAACAUAAUUAAGUAGAAAAUUUAUGGCUGAAUCCCCUCCAUAAUUUGAAGAGGAUUUGGUUGAUCCAUUGUGUCAGCAGUUUGAAUCGUUAAGGUGCUGUGAUGUCACGGUGUAUCGAGUAUAAUAUAUAGAAGUAUUAAGAUUCAGGUCACAGAGUGAACACUGUAGAAAUAAAUUAUUCCUCAUUAAUUUGGGUAUGGAUAAAAAAUUUGCAAAAGCA